AUGUUGAAAAGAAAAAGGAACGCAAAGCAUGUACUCUCCGAAACAAAUUUUGAAAUCAAUUCCGAAGAAUGUUCGUCAACUUUUGAAAGCUCGAAUAUAACUGCAGGAUUUUUUCGAGAAAACCUGGGCGAUGCCGAAACAUCAUUGGAUCCACUCACGCCAUGUCGAAGCAGUGAUGUGGCUCUUCGCACUUACUUUAAACGAUGCUUUGCACAGAAAGGUCGCUUAUCAAGGUGUCUUCUGUUGACGGGCCCAAGUGGAUGUGGAAAGACGACCGCCGUACAAGUUAUUGUAAAUGAAUUGGGAUACGAGGUGGUGGAAUUUUCCCUGGAAAAUACGUUUGAAACACGCGAAGGUUUUGGAAACAGUGAAUUUAUCUACGAAACAUCCGAAGAAGAGUCGUUUAUCAGCUUUUUACGAAAAGCUGAUUAUUGUAGUCUCGAUAGCGCAAUGAUUGAGGUGGAGGAACCUGUAAAGAAAGUGAUGAUCGUCGAGCAACUUCCAAAUGCAUUCAUAAGAGAUCCGGCGCGGUUUCGAGCUACGAUCGAGCCUUUGCUAUUAUUGAGCCACAGCGUCAUCGUUUUUAUCUUCUCCGACAGCGACUCGACUUACGACUUGAGCUUUCGACGUUUUUUCCCUCGGGAAUUUAUCAUACGAAACAACAUUGCCGAGAUUUCGAUGAAUGCCAGUGCUGCAAGUUUUCUCCGAAAAGCACUGCAAAGGGUGGCUCGCUACAAAAAUGUCAAGGUAUCAACACAGGAAAUACGGCGUAUAGCGGAGGAAUCGAAUGGAGACAUAAGGUGUGCCAUGCGAACUUUUGAUUUUUCAAUUUCAAGCGAAGGCAACUGGAUCCCGGGUGUACAGCCUACAACGAAUACACAGAUAAAUCUUUUUCAAAUGCUUGGACGAGUUCUUUAUGCAAAAAGACAAGAAGAUUCCCCGGAAAAUAAGGUAAUAGAAUCUCGAUUGCAAGAAGCACGCCUAAGACGACCACCACUUGAACGAGAUCUUGAUGAGAUUUUAUCCAAUAGUGGGCUUCCAGAUAAUCAAGCGCUAAUGUUCUUAGGGGAACACUCACCAAAUUUUUCAACAUCGAUCAAAUCACUUUCAACAAUCAUGAUGACUUUGGCCGCAUGUGAUGCUCGACGGCCGGUCUUCUAUGAGAAUUCCGAUCGGAUGUUGAAACAAGCAAAUUCCUAUGUAGCCGCUAGUAGAAUAAUGUUUGAAAAUUACGCCGAUUCGGAAAUUGCGAAUAAAAAGCGGUCAAUGUAUAAAUUCACAAAGUCGAAAUGGGCGGACCUAUGCCGGAGCACAACUGAAUCGAAAACCGAAGUCGAGAUAUGCGCAAGGAUGCAAAACAUCGACGGCACCGGCGGCGAUUUGUUCACUUUACGUGUUCCCUUUACACCGCUGUUGAAUCAAUCGAUCGAUAGCCUUUCGUUGAGAACAUUUGGGUACUUGGGAAGGAAGAUGAACUAUUCGUGGACAGUUGGCAGGGAUCUUUGGCUACAAACGGAAUUGGCGAACCGAAGCGUGCAACCUUUCAAUGUUCGGGUGGCGUCACAAAACACGACUGGAUCGACUCAACAAACUUACGAUUUCGACAUUGUAGAGGAUAGCGAC